CUCGACGAGAGUUUGUCUUACGAAGAAGAGCCAGUUAAGAUCUUGGCGCGCGAAACUAAAGUACUAAGAAAUAAGACGGUACCUUUAGUAAAGGUACUAUGGCGUAAUCAUGCGGUGGAAGAAGCAACCUGGGAGACCGAAGAAUCUAUGCGAACUCAGUACCCUCAUCUCUUCGACGACCAAUGACUCAGCCGCCGGCGUCGCCGCUCAUCGCCGGUCGCCCUUCCCCAGCCAGCCGUCGUCGCCGAGCCUCCAGCCGUUGUUUCACCUUCGCUGGAAAUCCGCCAUCAUCGCCGACGAAUUGCAGCGCCGCCACGCCGAGCGCUGGACGUCGCCUGAACUGCCGGCGUCCUUCCUCGCCGUCGAUUGCAGCGCCGCCAGUCGCUGCUCACCGCCGUCGAGCUGCCGCUACGCCACUGUCGCCGGCGUCCGUCACCGUCGCCGCAUCCGGCCGCUGCCCCGAGUUGAUAUCGCCGGCAGAUUAACCUCCACGCCGGAUUGAUUGGUCGAUUUCGUAUUUUGACUCGACUUGACCCGUUCGGUUGAUUUCGUUGAUUUGUCUUCCGUUCGAGCUAUCGAUUCGAUUUCGACGUAAUCCAGGUCCGUACUAUGAAGUUAAUAGCAUUCAGAAUAGAUUUAAUGGUUUGGA